AUGUCAAAUUUCAACGGUAUUACGGAAAUGAAAUCAUUUUUCAUCGGCAAGUACGAAAUCAAACUGCCCAUCGUACAAGGCGGUAUGGGCGUGGGCGUAUCGCUCAACGGAUUGGCUUCGGCCGUCGCGAACGAAGGGGGCGUCGGAGUCAUAUCGGCAGCCGGGCUGGGGCUGCUCUAUCCCGGCUAUAAAGGAAGCUAUUCCGAGAACCCGCGAAAGACUUACGGAGUGAUCGGGAUCAACAUCAUGGUCGCGCUCUCCAAUUUUCCCGACAUGGUACGCACGGCCGUCUCGGAAAAUGCGGACGUGAUCUUCGCAGGGGCCGGUCUUCCGCUCGAUCUGCCGGGUUAUCUGACCGAGGGGAGCCGGACGCAACUCGUUCCGAUCGUCUCUUCUUCCCGGGCGGCGCGGCUGAUUUGCGAAAAAUGGUCGGCCAAUUACGGGUAUCUCCCGGACGCGAUCGUCGUGGAAGGGCCGAAAGCCGGAGGGCACCUGGGUUUCAAAAAGGAGCAGAUCGAAGACGAGCACUACUCGCUGGAGCAUCUGAUCCCGGAAGUGGUCGAAGUGGCCCGGAGCUAUGCCGGCCGAAAAAACAUUCCGGUCAUCGCGGCGGGCGGAAUAGCGACCGGUGAAGACAUCGCGCGGUUUAUGGCGUUGGGGGCAUCGGCGGUACAGAUGGGCUCCAUCUUCGUUCCGACCGAAGAGUGCGACGCGUCGGUCGAAUUCAAAAAAGUGUAUCUGAACGCCCAUCGCGAAGACAUACGCAUCAUUCAGAGCCCGGUAGGGAUGCCGGACGCGCUUUCGACGGGGAGUUCAUCCGGAAUGUGGCCGAAGGGAAGGAGAAACCCCGCUCCUGCCCGUUCCAUUGCAUCAAAACGUGCGACUAUACCAAAAGAUGCUCGACAUGGAUUCAUCGCCGAUAUCAGGCGGCUGCUGAAAGUGCUGCCGGCGAAACGUCAAACGCUCUUUUUCUCGGCUACGAUGCCCAAGGAUAUCGUCGCGUUGUCGGGGUCUAUCCUGCACGAUCCGGUACGGGUGGAAGUGACUCCCGUUUCCUCGACGGUCGAUACGGUCGACCAAUGCGUCUAUUUCGUCGAGAAACCCGAGAAAAAAGGCCUGCUGAUAUCGGUGCUGAAAAAAGAGUCCGACCAAUCGGUACUGGUAUUUUCGCGGACGAAACACGGCGCGGACAACAUCUCGCGCACCCUGAAGAAAGCCGGCAUCCAGAGCGAAGCGAUCCACGGAAACAAAUCCCAAGGACAGCGACAACGGGCCCUGAGCGACUUCAAAUCGGGAAAAAUCAAAGUCAUGGUGGCCACCGACAUCGCUGCGCGGGGCAUCGACAUCCAUGAACUCAACCUGGUAAUCAACUACGAUCUGCCCGACGUAGCCGAAACCUACGUACACCGCAUCGGGCGCACCGGCCGCGCAGGACAUACGGAAGAGCCCUUACGUUUUACCAGCGACGAGCAGAGAAAACGAAAAGAAAAGCAGGCCAAACGCCUCGAAAAGCAGAAACGCAAGGAAGAACGCCAGGCGACCGGCACCAGUUCGUUCGACGACAUGAUCGCUUAUGUGGACGAGAACGGCAAUUUCACCGACGUACCGCCCGAAGAACGCAAGAAAGAAGCGGUCAAGCUGGAAGACAUCGUCAUUGCCGUUCCCAAAAAAGACGACUCCGAACCGGAGAUACAGAGAGGCCGGGUCGAGCAUUUCAACGAAGGGAAGGGAUACGGCUUUAUCAAGGAUCUCACGUCCGGCGAGAAGUAUUUCUUCCAUGUUUCGUCUGCGCCCGCGGGCAUCUCGGAAGGCAACACCGUUACUUUCGAGACGGAGCGGAGCGCACGGGGCAUGAAUGCGAUAAACAUCACAUUGACAAAAUAA